AGAUGGCGUGAAAAUGCUCAGUUGGGUGUCCCUCGGAGAAAUUUAAACCGCUUCCAUAGUAAAUAUUACCCAUACAAACUUCAAACCAUUUGCGCGACAUCUAAACCUUAAUAAAUUUUUCAAAAUGCGUGUCCCGACUCAUAUUUUGGGGUUAAGAAUCAACUGGAGUGUGGCCUAUCAAAAUGAAGCACGCUACUGUGCAACCUUCCAGCUCACGAAAAGCAUAUCUUACCAUGUGCCUCAUCGGCACACCGAAUUUGCUUCUUGAAGUCAACCAACUCAUGAUGCCAAUUCAAACAAAAUUUGUACCAUGGGAUUCCCAGGAUGUGAAUCAGUGAACCAAUAUUUUUUCCUAGCUUUCUACAUCCGUAUAACUGGUUCCAAAACUGACCUAUCUCAGUCGAUUGGUGGAAUUUCAAUUAACAACCAGCUACAAAACCGGCUUCGUUGUGUCUGUCAUUCAUCAAGUUUGUUUAUCACCAGUAUGGUGGAGCUUAGCUACGUGAUCGUUUGUAAGUUCAUUCGUUUGCCAUGGCUCGUGAUAAGCUGACACAUUUUUUCUCGGAAUUGGUACUUGCGGUAGUUGUUUUGGCCGGAUCAUCCUUACAGCAAGAUGACCUUCCUCUGGUUUGGGAGGUAUACAACAGCUGUGACAUCCCGAAUGAAGCGGUGAAGGGAAUUUGCGUGAAUCCUGAGAAUUGUCUGGCUUUUCAGAAUAUUACCAUAGGAGAAGAGCUUGGAUCCGUUGGUAGGCUGAGCUUCGUGAGCGCAGUGCAGUGUGAAUCGAACAAUGAGACGAGAGUUUGCUGCCCGCAAAGAGGUGCCUAUAAGGAUCCUCAGCUGUCGACGGACGUGCCACGGCUGGAGAGGACUCCAAAGCCACACAUAUUGCUUCGGUUUGAUUUGAACGACUCAUGUGGACAGCAGCAAGCAUACCAGGAUAGGAUACAGGGAACGAUGACUGACAUUGACGAAUUUCCUUGGGCGGCUUUGCUGUUUUAUCGGAACAACUUUCAGGGCUGCGGAGCAGUGCUGAUCAGCAGGACAUUUGUGAUGACGGCUGCGCAUUGUCUGGUUGGACCGAACUAUGACCAGUUUGGACCACUGCAAUUCGUCCGAUUACGUGAGUACAAUACUCUGUCCAACCCGGACUGCACUGUGAUACGAACUGAGAUCGGAAAUGCUCUGGAUUGCAACGAGGAGAAAAUUGACGCACGUUUCAAGUCAAUUAAAGUACAUCCAGAAUACGAUCCUCGCGACACUCAGCAGUACAACGAUAUCGGGUUGAUCGAACUAGAUCGAGCCGUUGAGUAUUCGGACUUUCUUCAACCGAUUUGCCUACCAAAGGCUGGAUUGCGCGUUGGCUUAGCGGAGCGAAAGUUCUUCCAAGUUUGUGGAUGGGGUAGAACGAACUUUUUUAAUAAGAAGGUGGGAAGCAAAAGCCCCAUCAAGAUGAAAGCUAGUUUGCCGUUCGUCAAAGCGGAAGAUUGCAUGAUGGCCUACGAAUCUCAGCAGCUAGAUUUGGGACCAGGACAGAUUUGUGCGGGCGGACGGCGAGGUCAAGAUUCAUGCGCCGGAGAUAGCGGUUCACCGCUGAUGUUCUUCGAUCAAGUCAAAGAAAUGUGGGUCGUUAGCGGAAUCGUGAGUAAAGGGCCCGCUUCCUGUGGGACGUACAACAAGCCUGGCAUCUACACGAAUGUGCGGUAUUACCUCCCGUGGAUUCUACGGAAUGCUGACCUUUGAAGGAAUCGUUUCGGAUAUGAUUAACAGUUGAAAUCAUUUGCACAUUUUGUUGCUAAGAAAUUGAUUAUAUUAAAUGC